AUGACUUCCAAUCUUUGGAACUUAGGUACAAUUGCGUUGUCAAGUGGAAAAAACCUAUAUGAAGACCGUCGUCGGAUUUGCCUGAACGAUACUCAACAGUAUGAUGUUAUACGCGCUCACUUUGAGUCAAUAGCGACGACUGCCGCACCGAUGCUACUACUGGAGAGCUUCACAAUGGGCUCCAUAAUAGCUUGUGUCUCUCUUGCAUCAUUCCUGCUCUGGCUCAGGCCGCACUGCUUCCCGCGUGUGCCUUCCAAGUCGAUACUCUGGGGCCUGCUUGUCAUGAGUCUCGUACACUGGGCGCUUUCACUACACCAGUUUGAAUCGGCUAUUACAAACCGGUCUCUGAGAUUUGCGUUCAGCAGGUCGAGUCUCGACUGGUUUUACCCCUAUGAUUACAUCAACGCUUGGCGGGUUUUUCUGCCUCUUGUGACAGAAACCACAUUGUUUGGUUUCGUCACAAUUCUGUUCCUGACAUCAGUGUAUACAUGUUUUUGGCCAAUGCGAUCUCAAUGGCGCUCGUACUUUCAACUGAUCAUACCCGCCACAGCAACGGUGAUGUAUGUCCAGUCCUUAAUCCAUUGGGUCAUCUCUAUCCGGUUCUACGUCCUGGAAACAACGUACCUCAUCCAACUCGAAGACUUGACUCCAUUGAUCAUCUGGAAACUCUACGUGGCUCUCUUGACACUAUUUUCGCUCAAUGUGGUCCUGAGUGACGCCGUCGUGAUGUGGCGCAUGUGCGUUGUGUGGGACAGAACACGCCCGGCCAUCGCCCUAAGUGGAGUAUUCCUGGGCACGACGUUGGCACUCAACAUAGCAAAUAUCGUUUUAAGAACUAGCAGAUUACUCGAUGACGCCAGGGAGGAAGUUCAAACGAACCUCAACGCCUCAGAGACCAUAUCAAUAUACGGCAAAAACUAUGUCGGUCUCGCCGCGAUGUUCUUGUCUUUGGCGAGUAAUCUUCUCGCCACCGUCUUAGUGGCGACCAAAGCCUGGUUAUAUAGGAGGCAGGUCUCGCUUCACCUCCGCUCUGCCGGUCAUCGUCGCACGCUGGUAGAACGCGUCAUGGUGCUUCUCGUAGAGUCCGGUGUGGUCUACACCGCCAUAUGGCUCAUAUAUUGCGUCAGCUUCUUCCGGACAAUUGACCGGUUCGUCUUCGACGCCGACGACAACUCUUAUUUCAGCCCUGGUGCCAGCAUAAUCACUGCCGUUUCCCACCUGGAUGCUGCUAUGGCUCAAAUCACUACCAUCUAUCCGUUGGCGACUUUGUAUGGGGACAACGUGCAGACUAGGGAGAGGGACUACGCCGUCACUGUCACUUUCGAGGUUGACGUCGAACGCAGCACUGCAGCUGCACAGCCUGAGGGUUCGAAACCCGCGCAGCCGAUCGUACCUCCUCACAGUAAGGACGACAACAGACCUGCGAUCAACGAAGCCAAGCAUUCCGAGUCCGAGUCCGGGGAGGUGACGGUUUCCGACUGGGUUUGA